GUAUUUAGUGGCAGUUCCUAAAUAUAUAUUUUUGAGAAAUAUCUUUAUUUAGUCCCUAUGGUUUUGUUUUUUUGCAUUAAUUUAAAAGAAGAGGGGAUCUGAAGGAGAUCUUUAUCGCUCAAGGUGAGUACCUGGAACUGCUGGUGAAUGUGGUGGAAGCUGCUGAUUGAGAUGCUGUCAGCGUUUAAGAAGGGUCUCGACCCAAAACGUCACCCAUUCCUUCCAUCCAGAGAUGCUGCCUGUCUCGCUGAGUUACUCCAGCAUUUUGUGUCCAUCUUCAAAAUUUAAGACAUGUUAGACACACAAUUUAAAUUGCCCAGGUAUAGAAGUUUGUGGGCCAAGUGAUGGAAGGUGGGAUCAAUACAGGUGGGUGUCCACUGGUUAGCAUGGUGAUGAGGGUCAAAUGGCCUGUUUUCGUGCUAUGCGACUUCAUGACUGUUUCACUCUCCGGGUAAUUUGAGCAUUCACUAACUUUAUUGCAGAGACCUUUCUAGGAAUUGCAGACGUUGGUUUACGCAAAAGGAUACAAAGUGCUGGAGUAAUUGAGCAGGUCAGGCAUCAUCUCUGGAGAACAUGGAUGGGUGACGUUUCGGGUCAAGAUACUUCUUCAGACUUCAGAGACCCUUCUUCGGACUUCAGAGUCUGAAGAAGUGUGUCUACCCGAAACAUCACCUAUUCAUGUUCCCCAUAGAAACUGCCUGACCUACUGAGUCACUCCAUUCUUUUUUUGUCUAUCUUUGGCAUAAACCAGUAUCUGCAGUUCUUAGUUUCUACUUCUCUCGAGAUUCUGCCUGACCUGCUGAGUUACUCCAGCACUCUGUCUUCUCUAACUAUAUUGCCCAUUCAUAUAAUCAUAUGUGAUGUUUCUCCCAGUCUCUUCCCACGGGUGAGUUUGGGAGUCAUUUUUAUUCGCUCUGACUUCCAAAGUGAGCCUUGUCCCGCAACGCUCUGGUGCUCAGCAAAGCCAGAUAGUUUGAAUUGAACUUGUCAACCCCGGCCGCUAGGGGUAGGUUGUGUCCGUGUGACUUGGUAAAAGGCAGCACGCAAUGCUUGGAGACAACCCAGAGAGGGAGAGGCGGGAGGUGCACGGGAUUAGAGAGGCAGUGGAAACGGCGACCCCGGGAGGUAACCGAAACAAAAUCAAAGCAAGAAACCUUACCAUGUCGAGACCAAACGGAGCCCAAAGUCGGAAACUGGUGGAUCCCCCGGAAGGUGGCUGGGGAUGGAUAAUCGUCUUCUAUCUCUUUAUGAUAAAUGUGCUGGUCAUGGGAAUACUGAAAUCAUUUGGAUUCUUAUCUAUAGCACUACAGGAAACAUUUGAUGCAUCUAUGGAACAGAUCAGCUGGAUUGGAUCUAUUAUGUCAUGCGUCCGAUUAACAGCAGGUCCAUUUGCUGCUAUAUUCUGUGCAAAGAUUGGUGAGAAGCAGACCGGAAUUUUGGGAGGAGUCAUGGUCUCCAUUGGAUUGUUCUUAAGCUGGUACUCUGAACAAGUUUCCUAUCUGUACUUCAGCCUUGGCUUGUUGGCAGGAGCGGGAUUUGCUUUCGUGUCCCAGGCUGCGGCUCUUAACACGACCAGAUACUUCCGUCGAAAGCUCACCACCGCCUGUGCCAUUUCCCGCUCGGGUACAGGGCUAACCUUUGCCAUCGCUCCAUUCCUUCAGUACCUUCUCAAUGAAUAUGGCUCGCAAGGGGCAAUUCUCAUCCUGUGCGGAUUAACGCUGCACCUGAUACCACUCGGCAUGUUGAACCGUCCAAUUUAUUUGAAGCAAGAUGCGGCCGAGGGCCGUGACUGGAGGCAAGGUCAGCAGAAGAAGCCAGGCCUCCUUGAAGAGAAAAAGGACAAGGUCACUGCAGGAGGGUCACAGUUUCCAACCGGUCACAACAGCAAGUCUGUGACGGUUCCCGCUCUGCCCACUUGGAAUGGACUGGAGGAACCUAACGCUCUAUUGUGCAACGGGAAACAGGCUGAUGAGCAAAACCAUUCCACUCCCAAAGACUUGUCUGUCUUGGAGCCCAGGGAGUCCUUCUUGCCUCAGGAGCCUGCUUCAUUAAGACAGUUGCAAUCCACUCCCCAGCCAAGUUGCAAAGUGAUAAACGGAAGUUCAAAUCAAUUGCUGGCCACAGUCAGCCUGCCAACUGAUACAGGACACAAAGGCUUCUGCAAAGAACUGGGCGACCAACUGAUGUCCAUUUUUGGCGAAGUGAAAAACCUCAUUGAUUUGACUCUGCUCACCAACCCAAUGUUUAUUAUUUACACUUUAUGCACCUUCUUCAGUCAAUUGGCCUACUUCAUACCUUAUUUUCAUCUAGUUGGAAAGGCCAAGGCAUUGGGCAUUGAGCCAUUCCAAGCCACCUUACUAAUUUCUAUUGCUGGAGUCGUUGAGAUUGUGGCUCAGCUCAUCUCUGGCUAUAUCGCUGACCGCAACUUCAUCAAGAAGUAUCAUUACCAUAAAAUCUACCUUCUGUUUUGUGGAGCUAUCAAUCUUCUGGCACCCCUAGCAAAAACUUUCCCCACACUCAUGGUGUACAUAGUGUUCUUUGCCAUGUUCUGUGGGGGUUAUCUGACCUUGUUGCUGCCUGUCCUGGUUGAUUUCAUUGGAAAUCAUAAGAUACAGAAGGGAAUGGGUCUCUCCCAGUUCUUUGUGGGAAUUGGCUGUUUGAUAGGUCCACCAGCAGCAGGUGCUCUUCACGACUUCACCAAAAAUUACGACGCCUCGUUCCAGUUGGCUGGCUCUUGUUACUUCGCCUCAUUCGUGAUCUUGUUCUUUGUACCACUGGCUGAGCGCAAGGUGUCGAGGGAGGCCGACGAAAGAACCAAGGACGACUCCAGCGACUCCAGCAAGGAGAACGUUCUCCCUCCCUGUCCCUCCACGAAGAAGGAGUACUUGCAGCUGGAGAGCAUGGUGUGAGGGAGGACUCCCUACCAGCAGUACUUUACUGGACAUGAGCCCCAGUCCCAGUACCUUGAUCUUGCCACCAGUAACAUCUCCAAUUGUACAGCCCUUUGGAUGGUAACCACAUGAAGGGAACAUUGGUGACUAAGAGGUGGAUUAACGCCAGAUGUUUCAAGGAGGAGCUGGAUAUUUAUUGAAUUUUAUGGGCUGAAUAACCUACACCAACUCAGACCAAUCAAAGUCGGGGAGGAAAAAGAAACAGCACUUUAUUUGAAAAUUCCUUUUGAUCACUGAAGACUACACAAAUCCCUACCAAACGAUGAUCAUUCUGAUAUUUUUGUUUUAUCGAUUUUAAAUGACUUUGUUUUGCACCACACUACCCAGGUACUGAUGGAAACGUCAGCAUCAGUGGUGUUGGGGAGUUAUAAAGCAUGGACAGACAGCAGCCAGAGUAUUCCCAGUGACGAAAUAUUGGUUCAGAAUGAAUUGCACAGGUGCUAUUCAGCACAUUUAGGAUAAGACUGAAGGAGUUUUGUUUCACCAAUACGUUCAGACGGGAAUAUCAAGUGAGCUCUUUUAAAUGAUGCCUUAAAGAAACUGAGGGGAAAUGCGUAUUAGAUAAGGACAAACAAAAGAUUGUAAAAGCACUGAGUGGAACAAAGCAAGUCCGAGUAACGUGCCUCGAUUUACACUCCAACCCUGGCUUUGUUAGGGUGAAAAUAUCAAUUGUAUGCAUCCCUUUUAUUCUCUCUCAGCAUAGUGCCUUGAGUCAUUUUUUUCCUGCAUUUAAGGUGCUGUAUAAAAUAUAAAUUGUUGGGCACCUCUCAGGAGAAAAUCAAUAUCAAAGUGCUAGAGUAACUCAUUGGGUCAGGCUGUAUCUUUGGAGAAAAAGGAUGGAUGACAUUUCGGAUUGGAACCCUUUUUCAGUUCUGACCUGAAAAUUCACCCAUUGUUUUUCUCCAGAGAUGCUGCCUGACCUGCUGAGUUACUCCAGCUCUUUAUGCCUAUCUUCAGUAUAAAUCAGCAUCUGCAGUUCCUUUUUACAUGUAGAAAACCAGCUUGGUACCUUCUGGGAGUACUAUUCAGUUGGCGUUGCUGUCUUUGGAUGUGAUGUUAUACCUUCGAUAUUAUCUAACCUGCUGAAUUCCUCCAGCUCUUAGUGUUUUGCUCAAUGUUUCAACAUCUGCAGUUUGUUGUGCCUCUAUUAUGGAGUAAUUGUUGUGUUCCACGAGAGACCAGACAGGAUAUCAAUGUCAUACCUUUAUCUGAAAGACAGCACUCUCUGAAAUGCCGCACUCCCUCAGCAUCAGGCCAGGUUUUGUAUUCCAUUCUUCAGAAUAAAGUUCGAACCCAGGACCCGAUGAGAAGGUGAACAACUCUGCAACAGCUGGCAAUAAACAGGCAAAUGGAAGUAAGAUUGGAGAAAAGGACUAACACUGACCUAUACAAACAAAAUGUGCCUAUCCCAGUUCUAUCUCAUUAAUCAGUCUGAUGGCACAAUGGUGCAUGUGCCGCUGCCUCACAAUGCCAGAAACCCGGGUUCAAUCUGACCUCGGGUGCUGUCUGUGUGGAGUUGGCACGUUCUCCCUGUGACUAGGUGGGUGUCCUCCAGGAGCUUCUGUUUCCUCCCUCAUCCCAAAGACAUACUGGCUUGUAGUUUAAUUGGCCGCUGUGAAUUGCCCCUAGUGUGUAGGGAAUGGGUGCGAAUGUGGGAUAACAGAACGAGUGUGUACGGGUGACCCAUGGUCAGCGUCGACUCAGUGGACCAAAGGGCCUGUUUUCAUGCUGUACCUUUUCAAUCAGUCAUUCUAGUUAAUAACUGAAUGUUUGCGACAAGCUUGAUGUUGCAGUGUCUGGGCUGUUUGAAAAUGUUCUACCGCGGAGUACUGAUUGCUGACGGCAACAGGCCUACUGAGGUCAAAACUGGCUGUGAAAGUUUUACCAUCACAGUUUAGUGAAAAUUUAUUCACAAAAUUAUUUUAAGCCGAACAGUGCCCAACUUGUGAUCGUGAAAUGAAUCUGGAAAGUGAUAAUGAUUGCUACUUUUAUUUCCAGUUAAAGAGACAGGGGUUACAAGGGCACUCUCAUUACCACCAAAAGCUGAUGCAAAAUCUUUUGUGAAACGAUCAGGUUAUGUCUUUGAUUUGGAAGUUAAUAUCAGGCCAAUGCCACAUCUAUUUGAAUUGUCACUGGCUUGGUAUAUUUGCCUGUCUCUUCGGGAUUGCUAACAGCAAAAAUCUGUCGUUCCUGCUGGAAUGAAAUCUAAUUAAGAAUUAAAGGAAUUGAAAUUAAAUAAAAAGCCUCAGAUGACUGCUGUGACACUGAGGACAUUAUCGCCUUCUAAUGAGCUGGUCUCCCACAGAACAGGAUUUAAUAGCAACUUCCUCAUUAAAUUUGCAAAGAUCCACAAGUAAUUUGAUAGCUUCCUGUACAUCGCCAUCCUACACUUCACACGGGCUACUAAGUCUUGGGUGUUAAUCCGCUCAAAAGGGCUUGCUUUCUCAUGACGUACUUUAAGCCUGAUCUUGGGGAUAUUAGAACCGGAGCCAGCUCCAUCCAGCCCACACUGUAUCUCUGCCAUCAGCAAAGUCAGUUUGGAACCGGCAUAGUUGACCUGACCCAUCCACAGAGUCAGCCUCCACUCUUUCAACCUCAUUUGUGGAGAUGAGCAAGGGCUUUGGCCAACUCCAGGCACCCUUCUGCCUUAUCACUCAGUUUGCCUGAGUUGAAACGCAGGAAGGAAUUUCAGAUGCGAGUUUACACCGAAAAUAGACACAAAAUCCUGGAGUAACUCAGCAGGACAGGCAGCACCUCUGAUGAAAAGGAAUAGGUGACGGAAGAUGUCAGAGAGGGAUUAAAUCACCAGUUCACCUUUAGGCCUUGGCAAUGUAUGACUUAAUAGUUUCUAACUCCUAUUGUCCCAUUAGGAGUGAGUUAUUGCACAGAAGUCACUGACAGAUUGAAAUUACAUCACAAUAAGCCUUUGGGAUAUAAUGUUAUAGCUUCAAAAUUCACUGAAAAAAGUAACGUCAAGUAUUUUUAAUGUUGCAGUCUUUUUAAAAAUGUCUUAAUUAUCUUCUAUUUGUGGAUUGUGUUUUUACAGUAAAAUUUGAGUUGUAUAUUAAAGUAGAUAUUGAAAUGGUUGAAACAUAAGUGAGCUUUUGAGGGAAUGCCUCUUUUGAUUGCAAUGGUACUUAAGUUUGAGUUAGAGGCACAGAACUGUUCAGCGCUGAAGCAGGCCUUUCAGCCCACCUUGUCCAUGUCGACCAAGUAGGCACAUUGGGCUAGUCCCAUUCGUCCACAUUUGGCCCGUAGCCCUCUAAACCCUCCCUACCCCCUUAUUUGUCCAAAUGUCUUUUAAGGCUCAUAAUAGUAUCUGCUAAAGAAAUUAAACCUAUAUGUGAUAUGCUACCACAAUAGUGAAGUUGCUGAACUCCACUUAGAGUUAUGUUCCGUUAAUCUGGGGAGAUGAGAAGAAAGCAAAUACCUGGGGGAAUUCAAAGGGGGGGCAAGGUGAGUUCCUCCAGCAGUUUUUUGCUAAAGAUUCCAGUAAGUGCAGUCUCUUGUAUCUCCUGGGAGACGCGUUUGAAUCUCACCAUGGAAUGUGAUUUAAAAUAAUUAAAUAAAGCUAGAAUUGAAAAUAUAUAAUUUUUGUUGUAAUCACAAGGCCUGGAUGGAAUGGAUGUGGAGAAGAUGUUUCUACCAGUGGGAGAGUCUAGGACCAGAGACCAGAGCCUCAGAAUUAAAGGACAGACAUUUAGAUAGGAGAUGAGAGGAGGAAUUUCUUUAGUCAGAGGGCGGUGAAUCUGUGCAAUUAAUUGCCACGGACCACUGUGGUGGCCAAGUCAACGGAUAUUUUUAAGGUGAAGAUUGACAGAUUCUUGAUUAGUGUCAGAGUUAUGUGGAGAAGGCGGGUGAAUGGGAAUGCGAGGGAAAGAUAGGUCAGCCAUGAUUAAAUGGUGGAAUGGACUUGAUGGACAGAAUGGAAUAAUUCUACUCCUAUGACUUCUAGUGAACUCACCAUGCCCUCUAACUCUCCCGUUCUAAUGAAGGGUCACCAACCUGAAACAUUAAUUGUUUUGACGAUGGCCUAAUCAGUCAGCCGUGAUUGAAUGGCGGAGUGGAGCUGAUGGGCUGAAUGGCCUAAUUCUGCUCCGAGAACGUUUGCACUUAUGCAAGUGUAAAUUUACUGAAUUGUUGAAAGCACUCACCUGGUUCACUCAUACCCUUCCGGGAGAGAAAUCGCAUCUUUACCUGGUCUGGUCUACCCUCAAUACAGAACCACCAACAUGGCGGAUUCUAUAAAAUUUGACAUCUGCCUGCUCAUUUCUGGGCAAUUUGAGGCAGGGGAUAAAUCCUAGCAUUCAAAGCAACAUCCGCAACUCAAUUAUGAAUAAAUGAAAGAGGCCCUGUUUAUUUUAGAUGAGGAGAAUGAUUGUUAACCUAGAUUGCUGCUACAUCCACAGGAGGUUGAAUCUAACACAUCACACAGAACGUAAGGACAGAGACCACUCCCUUAACCGGUGCCUUCGGGGAUAGAUUUGAGUGAGAGAGUUAUAAAUGAGUGUUGUUAUAACUGUCCUGAUUUAUAUUUCCAUUGAUUUAAUGAUUGUAUAAUUGCACCUACAAUGUUAGCAAUAAGUGCUAAUAAAUACAUGAUGAUUUGUUGAACAGCUGCAUUUUCUCAUUCUUAUUUUAAACUACCUUUCAUUGCCAGCAGAGGGCGCUCACAACUUAGUAUAUCAAAGUGAUGUGUAUCAAAGGCAAACUUUACAGUACAGGCAGCUCGCAUGAGUAUAUUCCAAUACACACACAUACAUACAGCUUGUAGAGCUGCCACUUCAUAGUGCCAGGGAUCCUGGUUCAAUCCUGACCUCGGAUGUUGUCUGUGUGGAGUUUGCACGUCUCCCUGUGGCCGUGUGGCUUUCCUCCCAGUACCCCGGUUUCCUUCCUCAUCUCAAAGACAUGUAUCUUUGGGUUAAUUGGCCUCUGUAAAUGGACCUUAGUGUGAAUGGGGUGUAUGCGAAAGUGGGAUAACAUAGAACCAGUGUGAAUGGGUCAUCGAUGGUCAGCAUGGACUCAGUGGGCUGAAGGGCCUGUUUCCAUGCUGUAUCUCUAAACCCUAAACAUGUUUUAAUUAUCACAGUGAGUCAUAGAGGGAACUGGGUGGAAUGGUGUUAGUUAAAUUGGCCAGCCAGUGAACUGAGGAUGGUUUCCGAACCAAUAUUGCUGCCGCUGGAAAACCAAAAGCUGAAAACACUGCAGGUCAGGCAGCAUCUGCGGAAAGGAAAAGAGUUGACGUUUCAGGGUGGUUCUUACCAUGUCAAUAGGACAUCAAUGUGAAAUAUUAAUUUUGCUUCUGUCUCUAUUGAUGGUACCUGACCUGCUGACUAAUGCCAACAUUGUCUAUUUACAUUUACCACAGACAACCAGUACUUUUUAUAUUGUGUCAGUGUGAGUGAAGAGGGUUUAAAUGGAGACCAAAUAAAACAGAAUGUAGAACAAUUCAACACAUGAACAGCCCCUUGGGCCUACAAUGUCCAAGCAAAACAUGAUGCCAAGUUAAACUAAUCUCAUCUGCCUGUAUGUGAUUUUCCAUUCUCUGCGUAUCUUUGUCCCUAUCCAAUAUCCUAUUGUAUCUGCCUCCACCACUAACCCUGGUAGCUCCUUCUAAGCACCCACUACUCUCUGUGUAAAAAAAAACUUUCUCUGCAUAGUUCCUUUAAAUGUUGCCCCUCUCAUCUUAAAGCUAAUGCCCUCUGGUCUUUGACAUUUCCACCCUGGGAAAAAGGUUCAGACUGUCUAUGCCUCUUAUAAAUGUUUAUACUUCCAUCCUCUCUCCCCAUGCUGAAAUGUCUGACAAGAUGUAAAAUAAAUAAUUAGAAGUUAUGAUAAUCAAUAGUCAUUUUUUUGCAAACAACAGGGCUCUCACUGCUAAUACGAAGCUAUUUUAUAAUACAGUACAAAGCAAUGAUCAUGUUCAUGAUGGAAUUUCUGCGGUGGGAAGUUGGCUUUAUUUUCAUGCUUUCAGUAUCUAUUUUAUCAUUCAAUUACCAUUUUAUACAUAACAUUUGAAAUAUAUGAACUAACACCACCAGUGAUGCAGCAGAAGAUUUGCUGCCUUUGAGCACCAGGGACUCAGGUUGGAUCCUGACUGCAGAUGCUGUCUGUACAGAGUUUGUACAUUCUCCCUGUGACCGAAUGGGUUUUCUCCGGGUGUUCUAGUUUUCUCCCACAUCCCAUAGACAUGUAGGUUUGUAGGAAAUUGACUUCUGUAAAAUAAAUUGUCCCGGGUGUGUAGGAUAGAAUAUGGGUGAUCGCUAGUCGGUGCGGACUCAGUGGGCCAAAGGGCUUGUUUCCACACUGUAUCUCUAAGCUAAACAAGAGUACAAUCGGCAAUAAGAGAGAACUUCCCCCUCCCCCCGCGGUCGGUUAAAAUAAGGGUUUUCUAUAGUACAAUUUGAACAUGUUAAAAAUAUUCUUUUCCUUUCUCUUUGGACCUUCCUUCACAACAAAAGCCUUAAAGAUAGAGGAGACAGGGGAUAUGGGGAGAAGGCAGGAACGGGGUACUGAUUGGGGAUGAUCAGCCAUGAUCACAUUGAAUGGCGGUGCUAGCUCGAAGGACCGAAUGGCCUACUCCUGCACCUAUUGUCUAUUGUCAAGUUCGAGAAAGUCACUCAUUUCUACCUCUUCUCUUGUCUUUUUAAAAAAUAUACCGUAAUUCAAAGUUUGUAGGCAUUUGUAGCAAGCCCCAUUAUUGGCCUUGGAAAGAUGUGGCGGUGAGCUUCUUUCUUGUGGUCAUAAAUUAGUGGCUUUCAGUACAGUUGCAGAGAUGAGUCUAAAGACAACUCGAUGUAGGACAAGGGAGACAAAUCUGGCAGAUUCCCUUUCCAAAGGACAUUACUGUGUAACAAUUAGCAGAUUCCCACUAACCUUACUGUGGCUUU